AUGCUCCGAGGGUGCAGCUUGCGUAAUACCGCCUGGGCUGUAGGAGUAGUGGUGUAUGCGGGGAGCGAGACCAAGGCGAUGCUGAAUAGUCAUGCUCACUCUAUGGGACCACGUAAGCAGAGUACUGUCGAUAAGGCUAUGAAUGAAUACGUCUUGGUCUUGUUCGCGCUCCUCAACGUAUUAUGUGCUGCUGCUACUAUAAUAACGUCGACCUUUACACGGGCAGGGGAGGAGGGGAGCGAGGCAGAUCCACCAUGGUACCUCGAGGGGCUGUCUUAUCAGUCGGAGGUUGUGACUUACAUCUCAUAUUUCCUCCUGCUGAACACUCUGAUACCGGUCUCACUCUGGGUCAGCGUGGAUGUCAUCAAGUUCGCACAGUCCUAUUUGAUAGAGUGGGACCUACACUUAUACGACGAAGAAAGAGAUCUCCAUGCUCGGUGUAAUGCUAAGAACAUGCAUGAAGAGUUGGGGAUGGUGACACACGUGUUCUCUGACAAGACGGGUACACUCACCUGCAAUAAGAUGGAAUUUAAGGGCGCAGCGGUCGGCGGCAAAACGUACUCCGAAGAAUUCCCGGCGGAAGACUGUGUUCUGUCGGGCGAGGUCGGCGAUGCGAAGACGCAUACUCAUUUCACAGAUGUCCUUCCCCCUUCCCCGGGGUUGAUCAAUCGUUUUCGAAAGGCCUUGGCUGGCCCCGGGGUAGACCCAAACUUGGAGCUCUUUCUUCUGGCUCUGGCCAUUAAUCACUCCUGUCGAAGAGUACCGGAAUGGCGAGUUGAUGUGGGAGGCAUUGACACUCCAAAAAGGGAGGAAAUUGGCUGCAAUCCCUGCCUGUAUAUCAGCCGCAAGAAGUCCGUGCCGAGAGUGGGCGUUGAUAAUGCCCAGGAAAGCAACGGGGAGAUGGGCUCUGAGGACUCUGUGUUUUAUCAAGGGACUUCUCCUGAUGAGAGUGCACUGGUGGGAGCAGUCGCGGACUUUGGGUAUCAAUUUACGGAUCGUACACCGCAUUCGAUAGAGUUGGAGCUACCGGGAAGGGUUAAAAAGGAAUUUAGAGUGCUGCAUGUGGUGGAGUUCAGCAGUGAGAGAAGGAUGAUGAGCACUGUAGUGACGGACACUGGUCCUGGUAAACUACUCCUGGUGAGGGACUGCCUACCACUCCGUGUAGAUACACCCGACAAGCAUGUUUAUGUGUUCACGAAAGGCGCAGAUAGUUCAGUAGUCUCCAAAUGUGUGGUUCAUGCUGAUGCUGGUCUUGACCGAACACUAAAACAUACUGAGGAGAUGGUCAAGAACUUUGCUGAGAUGGGCUAUCGUAGUGGUUCGGCAGGAGCCCCUGGGCCCUUAGGGUUGAGUUUCUUCCUGGAAGGUACAUUAUGUGUCGCAUAUCGUCGACUGCGGCAUAGCGAGUGGCAGAUGAUUGCAGAGGAGCUACACGAGGCACAGGUUGGCGAUGUGAAUUUGAGGGAGAAAAAUGUGGCCAAAAUCUGCGAUGAAAAAAUCGAAGUUGGAUUCACAUUGCUAGGGUGCACAGCAGUUGAAGAUAAGCUUCAAGUGGGAGGUAUCUUGCUAUCUUGCAUUUCCUCAACGGCACAUGGUCAGGAUGGUGUUCCCCAGACUGUAGCGGCUUUGCGAAACGCGGGUAUAACUGUGGCAAUGAUUACUGGCGAUAAACGGGAGACCGCCGUGAAUAUUGCUAGGAGCUGCAAUCUCGUGAGUAGCCCGAAGAAUAUGUAA